UAUAUCCAUCCAUCCAUCCAUUUUCUACCGCUUGUCCCGUUCGGGGUCGCGGGGGGUGCUCGAGCCUAUCUCAGCUGCAUUCGGGCGGAAGGCGGCGUACACCCUGGACAAGUCGCCACCUCAUCACAGGGCCAACACAGAUAGACAGACAACAUUCACACUCAGCUUAUGGCAUCGUAUUCAAAAAGACUUGAGGCUGUGAUUGCUGCCAAAGGUGCAUCAACAAAGUAUUGAACAAAUGCUGGGAAUACUUAUGUGUAUGAGUUUUUUUUGUAAAUCUGCUAAAUUCAAAGGAAAAAAAAAAGUUUGACAUUGUCGUUAUGAGGUAUUGUCUGUUGAAUUUUGAGGAAAAAAAUAACUUAAUCCUCUUUGGAAUAAGGCUGUAACAUAACAAAAUGUGGGAAAAAAGUGAAUACUGUACACUACACUACACUACCUUGUAUGUGUUGAGAAAUGACAUAUUUGUAUAAGGUUAACACAAAGGCUAAAGUAAUCUUACAUACGCACCAGAAUAUUAACUGUUUUUUUUCUGUGAUGAAAAACACACCUGUAACCUUUUUAAUCAAUGAUAAUGAUAAACGCACCAUGGGAUUUCUUCCCACAGAGAUGCACUUUGAAGAAGACAACGGCCUGGCGGUCAGUUGUUGCAACGGCAAACUGAGGCAAUGGCUGAUCGAUCAGAUUGACAGCAAGAGAUACCCGGGCCUGGUUUGGGAGAACACAGAGAAAACCAUCUUCAGGAUUCCCUGGAAGCAUGCGGGUAAGCAGGACUACAACAGAGAGGAGGACGCCGCACUCUUUAAGGCGUGGGCUUUGUUCAAGGGGAAAUACAAGGAAGGUGUGGACAAGCCAGACCCCCCCACAUGGAAAACAAGACUGCGCUGCGCUCUCAAUAAAAGCAAUGACUUCGACGAGCUGACAGGGAGAAGCCAACUGGACAUCUCGGAGCCUUACAAAGUCUACAGGAUCAUUCCGGAGGGAGCCAAGAGAGGUGCAGUAACAGGGGCAAGGAUGAGCAGUGUUGAGGACGCAUCGCAUUCCUUUGAUUUUAAUCCGCCUUACUCAGCUCUGCACAGCCAAGUACAAACUUAUAUGGUUUCCCAUGAGAGAAGAGACUGGAGGGAUUUCAAGCUGCCAGAAGAGCAACAUGUUCCUCCCGUGCAUCACCGUGGACCUUAUGGAGAGCUGCAGUACUUCUCUUCAUCAUUCAGCCGGCCGUGGCCUGAGUCCCAGUCAGAAAGUGGUUUUCAGUUCUCCUUCCACCCCUUUGUGUCUGAACCACAGCCUCUUUUGUAUAAUCUGGACCACAGCAACGUCGUUAGAGAUUUUAGCCUGCACGUGUCCUUAUUCUACAGAGAGUCUCUGGUCAAAGAGGUGACCACCACCAGCCUGGAAGGUUGUCGGAUCACCCCUCCUUCCCCCUCCUUCUCAACGCCGUCAUCCUCUUCACCGUGCCUGCAGGACAAGUUUCACAGCGGGGCUGAUGUUGUUCCAUUCCCAUUCCCGUUCCCCGAGUCUCAAAGGCAGGGUGCGGAGAGGCUUUCUAGUAUCCUGGAGAGGGGAGUGCUUCUGUGGAUGACACCGGACGGCCUGUACGCCCGGCGCCUUUGCCAAGGACGCGUAUUCUGGGAGGGACCCCUCGCUCCUUACAUGGAUAAACCCAAUAAGCUGGAAAAGGAGCAGCCCUGCAAACUGUUUGACACCCAGCAGUUUCUAAUUGAGUUUCAAGAUUUUGUCAACAAUGGACGACAUCUACCCAAACACCAGGUGGUUCUAUGUUUUGGAGAUGAGUAUCCCACCCCACAUGGGCCAAAAAAGAUGAUCACAGCACAGGUGGAGCCAGCGUUUGCCAGAAAAUUGGUGAACUAUUACCAGCAGAGCAAUGGCCACGACCCGCAGCCUUAUGAACACAUCCAGGAACUAAACACAUCAAAUAUAAACGCUCUUUCCCCUGAGAGACCCUCACUUAUUCAGGAGGGACACAUAUAAAGCACAACCACUAUCCCAUCCAUAAAAUAAUCUGUUGAAUGAAACAUUGGAAUCCCCUGUUCGAUUAUUCACCUUUACAAUGCUGUGCCUGUAGAGCAAAGUUUUUUUGUGACUUUUUGGAAGUAUAUUUGAGAUACUGCGAAGAUUGCGGUUUGAGUGUGGGGCGUAUGAGGGGGCCCAAGGGCCACUGUGACAGGAAACACUACCACAGGUGCAAAGGAAGUAAGGCCACCAAGAACAACAGAGGGUUAAUGCAUUGUUCAAAUGAAUGUGUUUUUUGUGAAAUGUACAAAUCAUUUCUGAAAUAAUACUAAUCUUAACAGAUUUUCUUAAAAAAAAUAGCAAAGUAGAGCUUGGUAUUCAUAACUGAUGCCAACAAAUCUCUUUCUCUUUAUGUUUGAUGAAGUCAGUACCACAAGAACAAUAGUAUGUACAGUACAUAGUAAUGUAAUACUACUGUUAUGACAAUUAGUUUUUGAUGGUCCCAUUGAGAGUCAUGAAUUUUCAGUAUAAGGUUUUGGAGAAGUCAUGGAAAAUCAUUUUCAAAAAAGUGUAAGAACACUUUGGUUUACAGUUAUCAAUGUGGAUAGAAUAAAUAUUUAAAGACAAUUUCAUAAGAAAUAUAAUAUCAAACAGCAUCUCACCGAUGUGAGUACACCCCUCACAUUUUUGCAACUAUUUUUUAUUAUAUUUUUUCAAUGAACAAUAGUGCCGGCUCAAAUCCAUGAUGCAUCCACCACCAUGCUUGACAGUAGGCAGGACAAAAUAUAUUACUUGUUUUGCCAGCUUUUGAGACAACAAUGGCUGUGAGUUGAGUCGUUUUUAGUGGACAGUAAAUCUGUACUGCUAUACAACUCUCUACUAGUAUACUGUAUCUACUUGUUUACAUUUUAUAGUAUUGUCCUUUAAGGAGAUACUGUAAUAAAAAAUGUUGUACGAAUGGA